GCUGACGGCUCUGUUAUCUUAUCUUUUCGCCGACGUUUCAUUCAAUUCCAUCGUGGUACAUAUAAGUUGUAAUUAGCAAUGUCAGUCUACGUAGUGCAAAAAUUUUGAUUCAAGCUCUUAUAGUUAUGUGAAACUCAAGGAGUACAGUGUUUACUAGUCAUGGCGUCGUCCAAAGCGUCUUCUCAGGACGCUUGGUACUUAUCACUGCUAGGAUUAGCAGAAAAUUUUCGGAGAUCAGAACCUCCUAAUAUUAAAUUAACUAUACAGUGUCUACAAGCUGUAUUUUCAUUUAAACCACCAGUCAGAGUUGAGGCCCGCACUCACCUCCAGCUCGGCAACAUUCUACUCAUUUACACGAAGAACAUCGAUCUAGCCCGACAUCAUCUUGAGCAAGCCUGGUUUUCAUCUCAGAGUAUCAAUGCAUUUGACGAUGUGAAGUUUGAAGCAGCCAGCAUACUAGCAGACCUUUAUGAGCAACAGAAUCAAUCACACUUAUCAAAACCCAUUCUUCGCAAAGCCAUUGAACUUUCCCAACAUUGCAUUUAUUGGCAUUGUCGACUAAUAUUUCAGCUGGCUCAAAUCCAUGCCACUGAAAAGAAUUAUGAGGUUGCUUGCAGUUUGUUAGGAGUUGGUGUUGAUUAUGCCCACAUUUCAUCGGCUCAUUACACAAGAAUUUUGUUCCUAUUGAGCAGGUGUAUGCUGCUCCUUGCAGAAAAGAAGUUAAAUGAUGUGAAUCCACUGUUGGUCCAGUCGGGAAUGCUGAUUGACAAUUGGCAAGGAAACCAGAACCAAAAAGAAUACCUUCGUGUUUUCUUUCUUGUUUUGCAGGUAUGCUGGUUUUUAGCAGCAGGACAAGUCAAGAGUGUUAAACCCUGUUUGAAGCAACUUCAACAGAGUAUUUUAUCAAUCAUGUCUCCGUCCUGGCCAACAGAUGAAGAAAUUUGUGGCGCUAACACGGGAGAUACUUUUUUGUGGAUGCCGAAAGGUCAUCUGUAUGUUGUUGUCUAUUUAAUCAUAGUCAUGCAUAGUAUGCAGGCAGGUUACAUGGACAAAGCUCUGGAGUAUACCAACAAAGCUCGCUCACAAAUAGAGAAGUUGAAGUUCGCAGAUGAUAAACCAAUACUGGUAGUAUUUCAACAACACUUGCUAGAGCAUAUGGUUAUGUGUCAACUUGUCAUGGGCAAGAAAGCAGAGGCACUGAGGGAGGUGACCCAAGCAGUUCAAUUGUGUCAGAAGAAUAAGAGGCUCAUGUUGCUGCAUAGGCCGCAACUUCACACUCUGCUCGGACUAUACGCAAUGUCCAUGAAUUGCAUGGAAGCUGCUGAGGCGCAGUUUUCAACUGUACUGCAAUUAUCCAAAGAUCGAGACCUAUGGACAUUUGUGUACCUAAAUCUGGCUAUAGUAUACUUAAGAGGAAGGCGAGAGCAAGAUUUUGCAACUUUAUUCGAGAGGAUCGAUCCAGAACAGCUGAAAAAACAACCCCACAGUUUGCAGGCUGGGGCAUACUAUGUUCAAGGCUUUCAGUCAUUUUUCAAUGCACGCUAUAAUGAAGCAAAGAGGUACUUGAGAGAGAUGUUAAACAUGGCUGAUGCAGAGGGUCUGAACAGACUUACCUCUUGUUCUUUGGUUUUGCUUGGCCAUAUUUAUUUGUCAUUACAUAAUAGCCGAGAUAGCAUGAAUAUGGUGACUCCAGCAAUGCAUCUUGCCAGCAAAAUACCUGAUGUCCACGUACAGUUAUGGGCCUCGGCUAUUUUAAAAGAUUUAUAUAGAAUGUGCCAUGACUCUGCGCGUGAAAGCGAAGCUCAAACGAUGCAUACAAAGUUCUCUCAAACUCUUCUCGAAGACCACUUUACCGCAGUUGGUAUGCCUGAGCAUAAUCUCAUUAAUUGGCUUGAUGGAAGUCAACCAGCAGCUGCAGUAUGAAGUUUUGUGAUGUAAUGACAUCUCUGUUUCUUCUGUUUCUAUGACUUGACCUAGUCAUUUUUUACUUACAGGGUUAUUUUUGGUGCCAUUUAAAUUUUAAUUAAGACUCAAACCUAACUUUAUUUUAGGUGUUGAAUUCAAGACUUGCUUUUGUAUAUUUUGUGAAAAGGGUGAACCCUCCUUAUCCGUGGUUCAAGAAAGUCAGUUAUGUGUUACCAUAAUUUGAGACUGGGGUAUCUGGAAUAAGUUACCUUGAAAAUUGCUUGUAAUUUAAAAUAAUUUUGAAGAGAUUAAAGCUUAGACUUUGAUCUGGGGUAAACAUAUUGCUGUGGUUAGGAAGGACCUAUAAUUAUUAGGAUAUAUUUUUGUGUACCUCACCUUUUCAGUUCUUUUUUUUCCGCUCUUAGCUUGCUUUUUAGUGCAUCCGUUCAGUCUGCUCGUAUUUUUUUGUUCUUGCUAUUUUCUGUCCUGUAGCUUUUAGGUUUCUUUUUUGUUCCUUACAUCUCAUCAGGAGUUGUUCCUUUACUGCAUAGAUGCAUGAGUAAAAGGAUGAAAAAGAAUCAUCAUUUCUUUUUUCAAAUACUCUUUCAAGCAAUUUUUGGUUUCCCGUUCGAAGUUUUGUGAUUGUCUGCUAAGACUUAGAAGAGAGGAAGUUUGGAAACCACUAGUUUCUAAAUUAAUCAUGCAUCACAUCUAAAAAAAAUAUCAACAAUGUAGCUGUACAAUCAAAGGACGUAGAUCAUGUUAUUGGCGUAUGAAUAUCAAUUCAAGUGUGUGGCUCAAAAACUUGCCAUUUCUUAUUUUUCUAAAAUUCUCCUCUCAACCUUUCUCUAUGAAACUUGACCAUCGUAAUUGACUUUUUGAUACUGGAAAUUGCUUCCAAACCAAAGGCUCUAAAUAUGUCUUUUCUGUUGGAAUUAGGAAUCACAGAUGAUAAAAUGUAAAAUGAGAUCUGUCACAAAGACUUCUGUCAAAAAAAAAAUUGUUAUUGCUUGUUCUCAAACUGCAUACUCCAGUCAUUCUACAGCCCAGCUUUACAUUCUACUUUCUUUCCGUCAUCCUCUCUGUUCCAACUCUUUUCUAGCUCCUUGCCUUCCUCCGUUAUUGAACGUUCUAGAUGAGGACUAAAAUGCUUAAUAUGUGCCAUUUAUGAUCUGUGCUAGUUUUUAUAAGUUCGCUAUUGCUAUCCCAAAUGACCAGUUUAGUUUGAUUGACAGAAAAUGAAACUAGAUUUUGAGAUCUUGUUAAAUUUUCAUAAUAGUUUCUUUCAGAGGGUGAAUCAACUGGCUGUCAUUUACCUUCCAUAACUUCACACGACGUAUCAAUAUUUUCUCCUAUCUAGCAAAUAAUUAUUGUACAAAGGCCAUGUCCUCUCAUUCAUAUCAUUUCCCAUUCUGUGUUCCCACUUUUUUUUGUCUAGUUAUAAUUUUUGUAAGACAUUCAAACAUCAGUGUAGUUUUAAUAUAUUAGUCUCUAGUCAUGUCAGGACCUAAUCCUUUUUUUUUUUUUUUUGGUCUUUCCUUUUUUUCAUCUUUUUUUUUUUUGGUCUUUCCUUUUUUUCAUCGUUUUUUUAUUUGUUCUUUCUCUUUUGUAUCCUUUUCUCUCUUUUAUACCAUUAUCUUAAAACGUGAAAAUGAUGGAACUUGUCUCUCCAAUAAACACCGAUCCACAUUAAUCAAAUAAUAUGUAACUUAAUAUGUAUUUAAAAAUCAUUGAUUUCAGUGUCAUGAACUUAUUUUUCACAAUACUUAAUUUUGAACGUACAUACUCAUCUCUAAAAUGUUUUGCUCAAACCAACAGGUGUAAUAAUUAAGUUUAAUAAGUUUCAUCAGCCUAAAAUUCUCUCUAGUCCAAAUUAGGGCAUCUACUUGUCCUCUUAUGAAGUCACGAGUUCUUUAGUUACCGCUAAAUCAAUGCACCAUAAUUUUUUCUUAUUUUUCUUUUGUCCUUUUCAAACCAUGUGUAUUAAGUCUGUUGGAUGUAACUAUCAUUGUUGGUAUUAAAACGUUUCUUCUUUUUUUUCAUUAAUAAUGUUUUUUAUCAUUGAUUAAUUUUUUGCAGCAGGCAUCAAAUCUUACUGAUAAAACCAAAAAUGUUCCCAUCAUCAGUAACAAAAAAAAUAAAUAGAAUAUUUUUAAAUUGC